AUGUCUGGGAACAACAGUCGACCGUCGAGCAAAGAUGGCCCUAAGAAAAACAUCUGGUCGUCCAUGCUGGACAGCGUCGCGAAUGGAAAGCGCCUGCCUGAGAAGAACUUGUUGAUACUUGGAGGAACACAGGACACCCAGCGCGAGUUUCUGGAGACUCUAUCCGCGGACACAUCGGACUCUACUUUAAUUGGCGAAAAGCGAAAAGGGAGGGUACCGCCUAUUGCCAAUCAAUUCGCUUUAGGAUACACAUAUCAGGACGUCCUGGACGCUGACCAGGAAGAUACGUUGGCUCGCGUCUCUGCAUACCUCUUAUCCGAACCAUCCCUUUCCUUUGCACCGCUUCUCAAGCCGCUCUUGACCCCUCAAUCAGUCCCAGAGACGUUAGUAGUGAUCCUGCUCGACUGGUCGGACCCAUGGACGUGGAUCCGACGACUCAGAGAAUGGGUCCGUCUACUACGGCACGUUCUUUUUUCGCUGGAUGACGAGACAAAGAUUGUGAUGGAAGAGAUCAUGACUGAAUGGAGAGAUCGGAAAAGGGGCAUGGAUUCCGGUUCGGCCGGAGCCCAAGGGUUGACCAGCUCUGGAGGGCCAGUCACCAUACCUCUAGGGCCUGGUGAAUGGGACGAGGGUCUUGGAAUCCCGGUUUGUGUCGUCUGUCAAGGGGCUGAUAAAAUCGAGAAAUUAGAGAAAGACCAUGGAUGGCGUGAAGAGGAAUUUGAUUUUAUCUUGCAAUUUUUGAGAACUAUUCUCCUGAAGCAUGGCGCAUCACUAAUAUACACCACACCAUUCCUCGCGAACUCCCUGCAGAGCCUGAUACAUUCGUCCCUUGGGAUCCAUUCAUUACUGAAACGACAGUCACUUAAGCAUAACGUCAUUGACCGGGAUAAGAUUUUAGUGCCACCGAAUUGGGAUUCGUGGGGCAAGAUUCGAAUCAUUAGAGAAGGCUUUGACAUGGAAGGCGUAUCGACUGCCUGGUCGAUUGAGAUCCAGGACCCUCCUGAGCCCCUUCCUGGUUCUGUCCACUACGAGCCCCAGGAUGAAGGCGCAACGGCAGCAGAAGAUGGAACCAGUGCUGUCACAAUAUUCGAGCAGACAAUCACAGACCCAAAACGAAACGCAUCAAUGGUGCAUGCAGGAAGCCAGACCAGUGCGAAUAAGAUCGAAGUGGAGACACUGGACAUGCAGAGCUUCCUAGCGAAGCAAUUAGAAGUCCUAGAGCAGCUGAAACACGAUGAUGAGAAGGAUCGUGCAACCAUGCCAAUUCCGCAGCUGGAUAUGUCGCCUCUAGAGGAUAAUACGCGAGUCAACGAGCACAUUGGGCCCGUUCAGUUCAACAUGGGAGGAAUCCAGGUCGACGCGGAUGACAUGGUGAGGAAACUCAAGGAGAGAGAGGCUAGUCGAUCCCAGAGGAAGGAAAUCUUGUCCUCACCCGGCGAUGAAAAAGCACACAACCAGGCACUAGCGAAUUUCUUUGCUGGCCUGGUGAAGAAACCCGGAACGAGUCCUCGGGGAAGUCCCUCCGCUUGA